UCUUCUUUCUCUUCUUUCUCUUCUUUCGUUCUCUUCAGAUGUAUCUCAAGCUUCUGGUUCUUGACAACUUCAAGACCUACCGAAGCAUACACACAAUCGGCCCGUUCAAGCCGUUCUCGGCCAUCGUUGGAACCAAUGGCUCUGGCAAAUCCAAUCUGACCGACGCCAUUUGCUUCGUUCUUGGUCUCCGCUCGAGCCUCCUUCGUGCAACUCAACUCAAGGGCCUGCUGUAUGGCGAAGGCGCCACGCCAAAGGCCCUCAGAGGCUCGGUCUCUGCAGUUUUCGCGUUGGACGACGGCGGGGAAACGACAUUCAAGCGCACCAUCGUGUGGAACGGCUCGGAAUCGGGUUCGGGCGGCACGAGCGAGUACCGCAUCGACGGCCACCCCGUUUCGGCGGACGACUAUGAGCAGGCGCUGGAGCGAUUUGGCCUGAUUGUCAAGGCCCGCAACUUUUUGACCUUCCAAGGCGACAUUGAGGCGAUUGCGACAAAGUCGCCCAAAGACCUCACGCAGCUGAUUGAGCAAAUCUCGGGCUCGGAGGAUCUCAAGCGCGAGUAUGACGAGCUGCUGCUGCGCAAGGAGGAUGCCGAGCAGAAUGUGAGCUUUUGCUUUAACAAGAAGCGUGGCAUGACGGCCGAAAAGCGCCAGUACAAGGAGCAGAUGGCCGAGGCCGAAAAGCACCAGCAGCUGUUGACCGAGAAGGCGGCUGUUCGCUCGCAGCACAUGCUGUGGCAGCUCAGUCACAUUAGCACCGACAUUGAUGCUGCUGAGAGCAAGCUGUCCGAGGCCGUUGAAGAGCAGGAGGCCCUGGGGCAGCGCGCGGCGACCGCCGAGCAGGAGCUCAAGGUGAAGCGCCAGGCGCAGGCCAAGGUUCUCAAAGAGCUGUCGCUCAUCGAACACAAAAUCAAAGUGGCCGAGACGCGGUCGGCAGACCGGCAGCCAGAGUUGGUCAAGCUGCAAGAGGAGCGCGCACACAAACUGAAUCGCUUGGCCAAGGCCCGCAACGAGUUGGCCGAAGCCGAGGAGAAGCACCGCACGCGCGAGAGCGAGAUUCGCGACUUGGAGCGCGAGCUCAACCAGGUCGCCAGUGCCGAGGCCCAGAGCGAGGUGAACGAGGCUUCUUCGUCUUCCAGUAGCGGCGGCGGAAAGCGGAAGGGCAAGGGUGGCGCGUCUUCCUCCUCCUCCUCCUCCUCCUCGUCCGCCGCCGCCGCCGAGUCUGCUGCGGCAGAGCAGCUGCAGCUCGAAGAGUCGCAGCUCGAGCAGUACAACACGCUGCGCGAGGAUGUGUCGCGAGUUGCCACAACCGUGCGCCAGCAACUCGACACGCUCGAGCGAGCACAAAAGACCGACCGCGAGGCUCUCGAGCGUGCCCAGGAGCAGCUGCGGGAGGUGGACGGUCGCCGGAAGCAGGUCGAGGACCAGCGCAUUGCUCUGCAAGACCGUCAGGACAAGCUUGAACGCGCGCUCGGCACCCACCUGAACGAUAUUGGCUCUGUCAGUGCCGACUACAGCAAGUUGCAGCACGAGCUGAGUGCCGCGGAAAGUCGUCACGUCGAAGUCACUGCCAAGCUGGAAGGAACGCAGUUGACGCUGCGCGAGGCCAAGGCGGACAAGCGCGAGACGGAGCGCGAUCGCAAGAUGAACCAGGCGCUGGAAGACAUGAAGCGUCACUUCCCCGGCGUGAUUGGCCGUGUGUUUGACCUGAGCAAGCCCACGCACCGCCGCUACAACAUUGCCGUGACGGUCAUCCUCGGCCGCAACAUGGACUCGAUUGUCGUCGACACCACAAAGACCGCGCUCGAGUGCAUCAAGUACAUGAAGGAGCAGCACAUUGGCAUGAUGACCUUUUUGCCGCUCGACGGCAUCAGCGUCAAGCCAACCGACGAGCAGCUCCGCGCCUUGGGCGGGUCGUGCCGCCUUCUGCUCGACGUGAUUCAGUGCGAGCCGUCCGUCCGUCGCGCCUUGCAGUUUGCGUGCGGCAACGCUGUCGUGUGCGACACGCUGCAAGAGGCCCGGGAAACGACGUUUGGCAAAAACCAGCGACUCAAGAUUGUCACGCUGGACGGAACGUGCAUCCACAAGAGCGGCCUCAUCACGGGCGGCCUGGGCGGCAUCGACGGCCGUGCCAACCGCUGGGACCAGCAGGAGGUCGAAAAGCUCAAGCGCGAGCGCGACAACCUCACCACCGAGCUCACCGAGCUCUCUCGCAAGCGCCGCAAGGCUGCAGACCUCGAAAACCUGCGCGCCCAGCUCAACGGCAUGGAGACGCGCAACAAGUACCUCAAGAGCGAGGCACAGGUCAACCGCGAGAAGGUCCUUGCCGCCGAAAAGGACUUGCAAACGCUCCUCCGCGAGGCAGACAAGCUCCGCCCCGAGAUUAAGCGAAAGUCGGACGCGAUUGCCGAGCGCACCUCCGAGCUUGAAACGCUGCGCUCGCAGCUCCACCAAAAGGAGGAUGCCGUGUUUGCCGACUUUUGCAAGACCAUUGGCGUGGCCAACAUUCGCGAGUACGAGGAAAAGCAGCUCCGUGUCGCCCAAGAGCGGGCCAAGCGCCGCGUCGAGUUUGGCAACUUGCAGUCCCGGCUGCGCAACCAGCUCGAGUACGAGCGGUCUCGCGACACCGAGUCUGGCGUCAAGCACCUCAAGACGCUCAUUUCCGACACUGAAAAGGCCUUGAAGGUGCUGGAGGACAAGGCAGAGCAGCAAAAGGUCACGGUCGACAAGGACAAGCAAGAGCUCGACCAGCUGCGCGCGUCCCACAAGCAGACCAAGGCGCGCGCCGACGAGUUUGACACGGAAAUCAAGCACUUCAAAAAGCUGCAUGCAGCAGCGCUUGCCGAGCAAGGAAAUGUCAGCAAGACCAUCGCCGGUAUCGAGGCGCAACUGGAGCAGCUCGCAGACAAGCGCCACUCGCUCUUCUCAACGUGCAAGCUCGAGAAUAUCGAGAUUCCGUUUGUGCGUGGAUCGAUUGACGAGGUCAUGUUGUCGGGCGCGCGAGGCCGUGCUGCCGCAGCAGCAGCAGCAACAGCAGCAGCAGAGGACCGUGCCGAUUCGCCAAGUGGCAAGCGUACCCGUCAAGCAGACGACGAUGACGACGAAGAAGCGCAAGCAACGACGGCCGGUGCACGAGGCUCCAAGCGCGGGAAGCGCGCUCGUGUGGAAGACGACGCUGCGGAAGAGACUGCCAUUCCCAUGGACACUUCGGCAGGCUCGCAAAGCCAAACCACCCGCGCUGCCAUUCGUCAAGAGGCCAGCUUUGAGCUGAACUUUGCGGCCCUCCCGCGGACGCUGCGUCAGACUCCCGCCUCGCAAUAUGAGCAGACCAACGCCGAGUUUGAGGAAAAGUACAAGGCGCUGACUGUUGAGAUUGAGCGCAUUGCUGCGCCCAACAUGAAGGCGGUCGAUCGCCUUGAGGGUGUCCGAGGCCGUCUCAAAGACGUGGAAGGCGAGUUCUUGAAGGCGCGCGAGUCUGCACUCCAAAUUAGCGAAAAGUUCAACUCUGUCAAGCAGAAACGCUACGAGCUCUUCAACGCCGCGUUUACGCACAUCUCCAACACGAUUGAUGCCAUUUACAAGGAACUCACACUGAGCAAGUCACAUCCUCUCGGUGGCACUGCCUACUUGAGCUUGGAGAGUGCUGAGGAGCCAUACCUGCAUGGCAUCAAGUACAACACCAUGGCGCCCAUGAAGCCCUUCCGCGACAUGAGCCAGCUGUCUGGUGGCGAGAAGACUGUCGCGGCGGUUGCGCUGCUGUUCGCCAUGCACAGCUUCCGACCCUCGCCGUUCUUCGUCCUGGACGAGAUUGAUGCCGCGUUGGACAACUCGAACGUGUACCAAGUCGCGCGAUUUGUCCAGCAGCGAACAAAGCCGACAGCCGCGCAGGCAUCGCACGCGUCCCACCUCGACAGCUUCCAGUGCAUUCUAAUUACGCACAAGGAGGCGUUCUACAACCGCGCCGAUUGUCUGGUUGGCAUCUACAUGGACAAGCAGGAUGAAACCUCCCGCGUUAUGACGCUUGAUCUGACCCAGUACCCGGAGGACGAUGGUGUUGAGGAUUCUGCGGAUGCAUAAAAGUUGUUGUUGAUGGUGUGCCUUUUUUGUUGCGAUAUACUGCGUCCUCGUUUUCUUUUGUGCCUUUUGUUGUUUCUGUUUGCCAAUACUCAUCGUGCGUUAAUUCCCAAUACUCAUCGUGCGUUAAUUCUCGA